AUGUUUAAACUGGUUUACGACACAGCCGAAACUACGCGUCCGAAGAAAUGGUCUUCAAAGUUGAAACUAAAUACAUCAGGGAGCAGCAAAUCUUCAGAGAAAUCACCGGAUAGUCCAUAUUUAUAUGGAACUAUUAGUGGACCAGGGGGUUCAGCUUUAUCUAAAUCAAUGAAGUAUGCGGAAACCUGGUUGUACGGGUCUGUUAGGGCCCAGACUCCGCCUAUACGGCCGAGCGUAUUUACAUCUUAUCCUGAAAGUCCUGGGCCUGUCUUAAUCAGUACUCCUCAAAAACCAACACCACAUAACUACGCAGUCAUACUAUGUUCCUGUCCUGAAUACCUUAAUGGUACGAAGAAAACCAGCUCAACCAAAGUCAGUAUUUGUAAGAAAUGUAAAGGAUCUCGUUUACCUUUAACAAUAACUGACAGCACACGGCUGCUUGUUGGUGGAACGGUGAGAGGACCACAAGUGAAUCGUGAUGCUGGUUUAUUAAGGGCGGGCACUGUUCGUGUUCAGGGCACCAAGUCUAGACCUAGCAUCCUCAAAUCUAAUGGGGAUCCCGAUCCAUAUGAUUUAAUGCGUCGAAGCAGAUUAGCACCUCCACAUGAAACACGAAUCGGAAGUCAAUUUUCAACAUCACGGUCUCGAGCAAAAAGUAUAAGUCCAUGUCGAAUGAAAAAUAAAAAACCAAGCCCCGAAGGAUUGAUUAAAAAUAGAAGUAAAUCUGUUAGUCGCGUAAAUGAGGUCUGGAUUGAUGAAGACAUUAACGUGCCAGAUACAAAGAAAUCUAUUUUAUCGUGUGAUAUAAAUCCAUAUGAUUUAAUGAAAAUAUCAAAAUCGAACUCGGAAGUUGAAUUUGAUGAUGAUUAUAAUGGACCCUUUCAAGACUCAAAUAAAAACGGUAGUCAUCGAUUAACUAAAGUUUCAUCUGAUAAAAAUGUAAAAAAUAUUAGUGGACAAAGAAUAAGAGUUUCGAAUGACUCUAAAACAAACAUCGUUGAUGAAUUAUCUGUAUAUGACCCUGUUAACUUUGAUCUCAAAAAUUAUGACUUUAAAUCAACAGAUAUGUCUUCAGCUUUAACUUUACCAAGUAUUAAAAAUGAAAGCAGUAAAUUAGGCACACUAAGUAAAGCUAGUAGUAAGAAAAUAAUUAACACCACCUCAAAUCGUACAAAACAGAAAAGUGUUUCACCGAAACGACCUCCUAGAAAAAUCAGAAAUACAAAAAUUGACGAUGAUAGCGAAAGUGACAAUCAAAGAAUACCAGAAAAAAACUACAAGAAGGCCUCAAUGGAACAUUUACGUAACGUAAAAAAUAAAAAUCACAAACCAGAUGUCAUAAAAUCAAUUCUCAAAAAGCCUAAAUCAAAUUCAACUGAUUCAACGAAAGUUGAAGUAACGGAUAAUUCAUUUGAUCGAAAAAGAAAACGGGUUCAAUUUCAAGUGGAUAGUAAUGAAACUAAAGUAAUUUUUACCGCUGAACUUAAUCUUCACGAUGAUAUAUUAAAAGAGAUGCCCGAAAAUCUUAAAGUAGAAAGCAGUGACGAUAGCAUUGCGGAAGGUGAUAUAGUUAGUAAGAGUUUACAACAAACAAAACACACAACUUCAGCUGAACUAAACGUAGAACAAUCUGCAGCAGAGAACAAUACAGAAAAGCUGGAAUCGUCACUUGAUGCUUCCACAUUGUCUACUUGUGAAAUAAAAACGGCGCUCAUUCAAUCUACUGAUGAAAAUAUAAAUUCAGUACAGCAAAACAUUGAAAGUGAAGAUAACGACGUGCCAAAAGUGCCAACACUGCGUCGUUCCGAAUCUGAGAGAUUAACAUCAACUAUAAAUAUAACUCCACCAAAAUUUUUAGACACUAUGGCUUUAAGAUCUAAAUCUAAACACUGUCAUACAACCCAAGUAUUUUUGGAAUCACUUACUGAAAAUGAUGUUAAUUUACAGCAGAAUGCAAAUACUGUUAGUAAUAUUACAGCUACACUUACAUCUAAGGAUGAUCAUGAUACUGAAAAUCUAAGUGAUAGUAGUGAAAUAACACGUAAAGUUUUGAAAAAUUUACGUAAUGGAAUAACUGAGUUACCAGAACCCCCACCGAGAUUAAAAUCACGUUCUAAAAGACAAAACUAUGUUAAAACUCGUUUUGUUCGUAAUGAUUCUAUAAGUUCUACGAGUGAUGAGUGGUCAGAUUCAAAUGAUAAUGAACAAAAAACUGUUUUAAAAGUUAAACAGUUUGAGACAGAAGAUACUCAGGAAAGUUCAAAGGAAUCUAAAAGAGUCCUUAAAUUUAUAGAUAACGAGCCUAGAAAGACGUCAAUACAGAUAAAUGGGAAUGAAUGUUAUUCCACAAUGAAUGUCAGUAACGAUACCCCAAUUUAUUUAUCUUCAGUUGUAGUAAAUGAUGGGUCCAGUACUUCAUGUAAUACAUAUCAGACAGGAACAACCGUUACUAUAAGCGUUGGUUCUCCACAAAAUGAUGGUAAAAAAUCUAAAAGUCAAGUUUAUAUCGGAGCUGUGUUUCCUGGAGAGAAUAAGAAUGAUGAAUUCAAUAAUACUUAUGAAGAAUACUUUAAUGAAAGUAAUUCAGCAAGUGUCAAUUCUAGUAUUUCUUCAAUACUUAGUGAUCCAGUAGAAGCUGUAAAACGCAAUCUUAUUCCACACGUCUGUGGGAAAAAGAUGAUAGCUUAA